CUGAUGUAUUGUUUAAAACUAUUUUCCAAACAACUAUCUUUCAAGACAUGACGACACCCAAUGAGCUAGUACAGUUUGACGUCGUUAGUAAUGGAGAAAAUUUUCACCUAGAGGGUCAUCUAUGUACUCUUUCCGCCUUUUCCCAUGUUCCUACACAUCGGAAUCUGCCGAAAGACAGAACGUAUUUCAACUCUUCUGAGAAGAAACAGGAAAAUCCUUGCAUAUAUGAUUCAAUCUUUUCUAAAGAGGAUGAUUUCAAUCCAAAGCUUCAUCGCAGUGAUCGCAGACAUGAGAAACUUCUUGGAUUGGAAAUAAAUCAAGAAGAGAAAAUUAAAACUAUACCAUCUCUUUCAUCAUCCAUUUAUGGACAUCGUUUAAAUAGGAACAUUGAAAAUAAUGAACGUAAACAUAAUCGAAUUAUGUUAGUAGAAAAUGAAUUUUAUCGUCGUAAUGGAAUUAAUUUAUUAUAAUAACUGAUCCAUUUUGAACAUUCAGUGAAAGAAUUAUUGAUAUAGACAUUUAAGUGUGCUAUCUUAUUAGUAUAUAUAAAAAGAUAUUUUGUUAUUCU